AUGGUGUUCUCUGCUGGCUGCUGUGUGCUGCUGCUCAGGCUCACGAAGCAAGUAGGACGCAAGUCAAGAGAUAAGGUCUGCGGGGCAUCGGAUCCAACGAGGAGUGGGAGCAGCGGUGGCGGCAGCAGUAGCAGCAGCAGCAGCAGCAGCAGCAGCAGCAGCAGUCGCUCUGCCGGUGCCUCUGGAUCAUCCCGCGGAGGUGCUGCAAGCAGCAGCUCGGCUGCUUCUUAUGGCAGCAGCAGCAGAAACGCAGCAGCAGCGCAGCAGCAAGCAUCAGGGGCUCACCGUCGCGGCUCGCGAGAAGCAGCAGCUCCGUCAUCCGCCCAGGCAGCAGCUCUGAAGGACGUCCGCGUCAUUCAGCGCUGCUUAGUAUAUGUUAUUGGUAUUCCCCCAUCUAUAGCAAAGAAAGAGAUUUUGCGCCGUCAUGAGUUUUUUGGACAGUAUGGAAAAGUCCUCCAGAUCGUCGUAAAUAAAAACCAAGGGCACUGGGGGGGGCCUUCGUUUGCAGUAUACGUCACAUAUUCUUCCAGCAAGGAAGCUAUAGCCGCGAUCCAAGGGGUGGACGGCGCAGUGUAUGAGGGGCGAACUCUGAAGGCUUCGUUUGGCACUACAAACUUCACCAAGGAGGCGAUGAUAAGCGCGAAGCAUCAGUUCCUGGAUCUGACGAUCCCCAGCAGCACGGAGCGCAAACAGACCGGCAGUCUCUUCGGCAAGGUGCAGGACGCAGCAGCCCGCUGCAGCAGCAGCAGUAGCAGCAGUGGCUCCAGCGGCAGCGGCGGGCAGAAAGAAGACAAGGAGGAACGGAGCAGCCAAGGAGGGGGCCAGUGA